UCACCGUGGAGAGAAGAGCCUUCCCCUCCACCUGCUCAUCCCUCUGCUGAGCAUGCCUGCUUCAUUAGCUCAUCCUCUGCUUGCCCCUCUUCCUGUCUGCAGUCUCUGGCUUCUCUCUUUGAUUAUCCAUAUGUUGUUCACAUAAGGAGCUCUCCCCAAGAUUCAAUUCUUGGGCCUGCUGCACAAUAAAAAGGCACAACAAAGUCUCAAGAUUGCAUUCUGCAGAGUGCUUCCCAAGGCUUAGCUUGCCAUUCACAACCUGUUUUCAUGGUAGCUGGUCCAACGAUCACACAAAACAUGUGAUUCAACUGGAAGGUACCAGAACAGCAGAACAGCCAUGCCUGUACCAUCCAUUUGCAUUUUCUAGUCCCCAUUUCUGAAAUAUUCUUAUUUUCCCUCUUGAGUUAGUAACUUGAAAUUUUACUUUUUGAGUCCUCUAAAAAUUUCACUUCAAAAGAUAGCUUCCAGACACAUUAAAAUGAACAAAGAGCCCAAAACAGCCUGUUUUAUGAUACUGGACCUGAUAGAAGGGGCAGUUUAAAUAGAUCAACAAAACAGUAAUUCUUGUAAAUGCGAGCUACUGAGGUCCUCAUCAAGAUGGAGGAAGGCAAGGUAGGGGGCUGGUUUUGGGAGGGAAGGCUACAGGGGCCUGUAGGAGAGCACAGAGGAAAUCCCAGUGGUGGUAGUGGGCUGGAUUUGGCUGUACCAGCAGGCAAUGUCAGGGAGGGCAGGGAAUGCCUGUCACUGAUGGAUGUCACGGCACCUGACACAUGCACCUAUGGCUGAACACUCUCUCUGCUGCACCCAAAGUUCAGGGGAACAAACUGUGGAUCUUUCACCCAUUCUCCUCGUCCCAACUACUCCCUAACAGCACCCCUCAAGUUAUUCCUGAAUCCCUAAGGAAAGAGACACAGGGCUGUGCUGCCCACGGCGGGCACCUCUCGUUUGUCUCCCUCUUGGAUGCACUGCCUCUGGAACACUGGUGGGAAGUGGGAAGGGGGUGCCUUUCUCCCAAGCCCACCGGGUUCUCCCCUGCUGUGUCCCCAUCGCUGCAGCCGCUUGCCUCGCUCCUAUACAAAACCCAGGGCUUGUCCCUUUUCAUCCCGAUGCCUUUCUCUCUGAGUUUAUUGUCAUCAGCCGUAGCAGGGGAGAGAUGGAGGGAGGGGAGGAACUGUUCAGCUCGGUGCUUUCUCUUGUAACCUGUGCCUGACCAAUCUACCUCCUCAGGGGCUGUGGGGAGCUCCUCCCGCCCUGGCAUCUCCUCACCCCUCCUCGAGCCCCUCGGCUCCUGGCACCCGGAGAGGGAUGGAAGCAAGGGCGGGAUGAGGGAGAGAGAGGGACUGACAGCAACUGCCCUUUCUCCAGGAUGCACUGAGAGGAAUGAAAACCUCCCGAGCUCCUUCCUCUGGGUGUUUGGGAGCAGAUCCUGCCUGCCUGGCGGGGUGACUCCUCUGCACUGUCUGUGCGCGUUCCUGUGCGUGUGCUGCUGCCAUCGCAGAUGUACCCCCAGCUGUCACUUCACCGCGCACAGUCGCUCCCUCUCCCGCCUCUCUCUCUCUCUCUUUCUCUCUCCCCCUAUUUAUUAUUUACGGAGGAUUACAGUCCCUUUCCCACGCUGUCAUCUCGCUGUGCGGCUCCCCUGCCCUCCACGCGAGGCCAGCGGCUGGCUAGGGAGGGCUCCUGCCAGCUAGGGUCCAGAACAGAGGCACUUUCUGCUGGAUUUGCUUUGGGAUUGUACCGGGUUCGGAGGGCCGGGAGAGCUGCCAUUCUCACAGGAGGGUCCAUUCCAGCCGGAGAGAGUGCUGUAGGGAGUUAAAUAGAGCACACGGAAAGCCUGCUGCUGGGGACUGAAAGUCAAGGAGGGAGAGGGAAGGAAGAGGCUGUAAUUGGGCAGUGUCCGGGGAGUCGGGUGGAAGUGGCUGCAGGCAGAACCCCUCCAGGACCUGGCAGGCAGGCUACAAGGUCAUUCCUUCUCCCUGUGGGGCCGUGGGCCAGGCUGGCUGUUGGAUGUGAAGACACGCUGGAGAAGACCACGAUGCUGCCUGCAAGUGCUGGCCACCGGUGGAGGAGCAGGUUCCUCAUGAGGUGGCAGGAGGCUUGUCUGCUUGGCUGCUGGCUCUCACUAUGUGCUGCUGAGUCCUUCUUUGCUUGUCCUUCCUCCUGCAAGUGUAACAGUGGCAACCUGGAAGUGGACUGUAGUGGCUUGGGCCUCUCUUCCAUCCCCUCAGACAUCCCCACAAACACCAGGACCUUCCUCUUUCUCAACAACAAACUCAGCAUCCUGCCAGGAGCAGUGUUUUCCAACCUCUCUGCUCUGCAGAGGUUGGAUCUAUCCAACAACUUCUUGGACCAGCUCCCUCAGAACAUCUUCAGUGACCUGGGGAACCUCACAGAGCUCCAGCUGAGGAACAACAGCAUCCGGGCCUUGGACAAGGACCUGCUCCAACACACGGCCCUGCUGCGCCAGCUGGAUCUCUCCAUCAAUGGCUUGGCCCAGAUCCCUUCAGGCAUCUUUGACGAUCUGCCUGCUCUCCGCUCCCUCUCCCUCAGGUCCAAUCGCCUGCAGAGCCUGGACAGGGUGACCUUUGAGCCUCUGACCAGCCUGCAGCACCUCCAGGUUGGGGAUAACCCCUGGGAAUGCGACUGCAACCUCCGAGACUUCAAGCACUGGAUGGAGUGGUUCUCCUACCGAGGUGGGAAAAUCGACCAGCUGGCCUGCACCUUGCCCAAGGAGCUGAAAGGAAAGGACAUGAGGAUGGUGCCCAUGGAGAUGUUCAACUACUGCUCCCAGCUGGAUGACGAGAACAGCUCUACAGUUCUGGACAAUACUGGCCCACCUUGCACUAAAGGAAGCCCCGCUCCUUCCAAAUCUAAAUCAGGCCCAGAAACAGAAGUGGAGCCCAGUGUGGGAUGCCCUCAGAAACAGCGGUACAGGCCCGUGAGCGUGCGCCGGGCUAUCGGCACUGUGAUCAUCGCAGGGGUGGUUUGUGGCAUCGUUUGCAUCAUGAUGGUGGUGGCAGCUGCCUAUGGCUGCAUCUAUGCCUCCCUCAUGGCCAAGUACCACCGUGAGCUGAAGAAGAGGCAGCCACUCAUGGGUGACACAGAAGGUGAACAUGAAGAACAAAAACAAAUCUCUUCUGUGGCGUGAAACUGUUCUAGGAAGGAAGGGACAGCGAUGAAAAAAGGUACCUGAGAGCAGUCAAGCAUGGGGUCCUCCCAAAAUACAUCUUCCCAGACAGACUGUGCUAUUGCUCCACUCACCCAAGUAGUACAACAUGCUUCUGGGGGGUCAGGGCACCUGGCUCAAUUUCUUUUCCUCUGCCCCAGGCCCAUUUUGUGCCCUUUCACCCUUGGGCCCUCCCAGACAAAUAAAGUAGAGUCAGACCUCGAGUGCUUGCUGUGCCUCAUGCCCUUGCACAGAGCUUCCCUCACAUGCCUGCUGCAAAGGCUGCUGGCACCUUCUGGGACCCUGUGUCAUCCUCUCAGCUUUGGUCCUGAGUCAUCCUGUGUCCUGUCAAGAGUUCUGUGCAAACAGAGAGCAGCUGUGUGAAACUUUAUGUGGGGAGCAGGAUACCAGAAGUGUCCAUGCCUCACGGUUAGGUCACUGCUGUUGUGUGACACAAAGUUGCUGCCUACCCUACAAAUCAGUGCUGCCAAGAUUACAUCAGAAGGGAGGCAAGGUCCCUAUGGUAGGGCAACAGUCAGUGGUAGAUUUCCCUUCUCACUUUUAGAGGUGGAAAGAUAUCUGUAUCACCCUAACACACUGCCAGGGAGCACAGUGUCCCUCUUUUUGCUCCUGGCCAAGUCCAAACCUUCGAGCUGACACACACAUCAUCUGCUGCAGGUGCACAGGCACAGAGUCAUCCUCCUGUAAACACACACACACACACACACACUGACUCAUUCUGAUCCCAACACGCACAUACAGAGCCAGUCCCAGGCAUCCAGGCACCCAACCUGCACAUGCAGAGCUAUCACUCAUGCCCAUGCUGACCUGCCCUCUGCAUGCAGCCAUGGAUACAUCCAGGCACUUUACCGUACCCAGAUCACAUAGUGUGUAUCACCUUCUGCUUCAGACAAAAAACAUGCACACACCACUGAGGAGUAACAGAAACAUCUCAGCCACAGUGCAGAGCCAGUGGGAACUGGCAGAAGAGGAUGGAGAGAGGCAAAGUUAUUGAGAUUACAGCAACAGUCUGUGGAAAUAACUACACAGCAUCAAAAAAAAAAAAAAAAGAUGUGUUCUUAUCUAUUUUAUGUCUUCUCUAAUAAAUGGAGAGGGUAAGGAUAUGAAGCCUCCAUUUAGAAAUGUUUGAUUGGCAGAUCAGAAGUGGGUCAUCAGGAAAGACUAGAGGAGGAGGUGGCUCAUCAGGAGUGUAAGCCGUGCUGAGUAGUGUGAGCCUAGGGGAAGGUGUCAGGGGAAGAAGUCACACAACCCAGGAGCUGCCAUGGCUGGCACGGGGGCUAGCAUGGUGUGUGGAAUAGGGUGAUGCAGACGGGGUGACCAAAAUGAGUGGGCAGAGUUAUGAAGGGUCUUGAGGUGAAGGCUGGAACCUGGAGCACAGUGUGGCACAUGUGGGAGAGCCCAGGAAGGGUCUGGCACAGAAGGCAGCAGAGACCACAUGCACUCCCUUCACCAUCAUUGGGGUGUCCAAUGACACCCACAGCUGCACCUGAGUGUGCCCACAUACACAGCCGUGCACACUGCCACUGUCACGUAGGGUGACUUCUCCCAGCCAGAUUUUAAAGCCCUCAGACUGCAGUGCCUCCUAUUAGUCUUGGCUCAUUCUGACCUGGCAGGGAAAAAAAAAAGUGAGAGGGGGGAAAAAAAAAUGAAAGGAACUCAACAUAAGGACUCAUUUUGUAUCAGUGGAAGUGGGAUAAAAUGCUGUCUCCAGGGGAGAGCGCACAUUGCCAUGGUAACCUGCUCUAACCCGUCACAGUGGGUAUUCCUGGGCGAGGAAGAUGACACCGGAGGUCGUGCAUCCACUGUGCCUGUGGAUGGUGUGAUCCCUGCCAUCAGGAAACAAGCUGGCAGCCAGCCCAGCCUUGCAGGGUGUUUCACUAGCAACCUGUGUUCAGAGCCCGGCAUGCUCUGCAGGUGCACCCUGCCAGGGCACGUCACCUCUUCCACCUGCUCCAUCUGAAUCCCAGUGCCGUUGGACAUCUCAUAGCCCUCCUGCUCGCUGUGACUGGAUCCCUGUGGAAGCAAUGCACACUGGCUCCUCACUCCUUCAGGUCCCAGAGAGGUGGCUAUACUGACCCGUGGGCACACAACAUCAUCAAUCAAAGCCUGGAGUGGCAAAAUCCCUCCUGCUCUACCCAGAGCCAAGGAGGCAGAGGAGGAUGUUCUUCAGGGAAGCAGAAGACCAGGCUGCCACGGAGGAAGAACUGGGAGAAGCAGUCAGCCCGCCCACCAGUGUGCACACACACAUUCCCCCUGCUUCCAGCACACUGUGGGGAAGAGGAAGCAAAAAGGAGGGGGGCUGGUGAAAUGUGAGGAGGAAGAACUCUUCCCCCAUGCACUGUACAGCCACUCCAACCAUCCCAUCUGCUCCAAGGGUAGCCCGCUCUGAAGGGCAGAACUGGUGCACUGCAGACUCUGUAUGCGUGUUAUUGCUGUUCCACAUUCCCAGCAAGCCAGGACCAGACUCUGCCUGCUGGAUCCAAACCUCUCCCCAACCUCCCUCUCAGGGGAACCUCUCCCUUUACCAUACUGGACUCCGCAAUCAUACUUGAAAUGGGACUUGAGUCAGAGCGGUAUAUUUAUAGAUCUAUAUUUUACUUGCAUCAAAUAAUGGUGACAUAUUGCACAAAACAAAUGGGAUCUAUGUGUGUGUGUGUGUGUGUGUGCGUGUGUGUGUGUGAGAUAAGAGAGAGACUGUUUUUAAGGAAAUAGACUAGAGGUGAAAUGAAUGGGAAGAAGGUAGGGGACAACGCAGGGGUUGAGGGUGUGAAAUCCUCCUUUCCCUGCACCUUCCCUGUGACUUCCUCCUGCCCUGACCAAUUUUCUUUGUUGCUAAUAAUAUUUUCUAUAUCCUGUGUUGUGGGGCUGGUGAUGACCUUGCCCAUCCUUUCCUUUUUUCGUUUUAAUUUAUACGGCAGAAAGUCUGGAUUUAUCUCAACCCUAGACAAGGGACUGCUAUGUUUAGAAACCCACCCAGGAAAGGAGAAGACAGGAAAGGGGAGAACUGAGUGUUGCUGGGAAACACGAAGGCUGGCUACGAGGAGUCCCUCUGGAAAGCAAAUACUCUGUUUGGCAGGAUGAGGACCUGUCCUUUUGCAUGCAGAGCAGAGUAACUGGGCUCACUGGGAAGUGCCCUCUCCAUGGCACUGUUUGCAAACAGGCUCCUUCUCUGUUCCCCAGCACACCUGGAAGUCAGGCUGCCCUGGUGUGACUGAGCUGCUGCACUGCCCACAAGCACUGCAGGGAACACAGCAUCCUGAGCAGGCAGAAACAAAGCUCUGUGGGAUGCUGGAUACAGAACGAGACCCAGUGCUCCUUGUGUGCCCAGCCAAGGGGUUCCUCUGGUGUGUGGGGACAGCAGCUCCUGUUGUCCCUGCGGGCAUGGCUGGGCAUGGGGGGAAUGCCCCUGGAUGCACCCUCUGCUGCAGGCAGCUGCUCCAAUGACAUGUGCAGGUGCCUCAGGAAAGGCUCUUCUGGGGCUGGCAGGUCCAACACAUGCCAGGGCAAUGUUGGGCUGGCAGGGCCACCAGGAACAGCCCUCCUGCUCCCCUUCCCCACACCCUGUGGGACAGGUAGGCACAUCCCUUGCAGGGAACAGAUGGCACUUGUACUUCCUUCUUCUUUUUUGUUACUGUUUGAGGGAGAGCGACAAGAUUUUCUAAAAUGAUUGAAUGGAGGUUUCUUUGGCAUGAGACAGAAAAUUUUUAAAGGUAUAUUAUAUUUCUGGCUUGUUGUUACAGAAUAAUAAUAAAGAAUGUAUUUUCCUA